CGUUCCGUGUUCCACUUAAACUCAAAUCUUAGCUAACUAACAUAAGCAACAAAUCUUCAGCUAAAACCAUAACUAAGACUUUUGUGGGGAAAACAAAAAAUUCUAAAACCCUAAUUUCAAUUAUAUAUCCUCUUUCAUUAUCCAUCCCACUCCAUCGCCUCUGUUUCGUUGAGAGAAUAGAGACAACAAAAACAGAGGAUCCUUUCGUGUUAGGCACCGCCAAUUCUGUUUCCAGUUUCAGUAUGGCCAAAAUCUCCUUCAAGCUUCAACAUCCUUUGGAGAGAAGGCAAGGUGAAGCUUCUCGAAUUCGAGAGAAGUAUCCUGAUAGAAUACCUGUACGAUUGCACUAUGUAUUCAUUCCAUGUUUUUGUUAUUUUUUAUAUCUUGGAGUACUCUUAUUCAUACGUGAGAAUUGGGUGCAGGUGAUUGUGGAGAAAGCUGACAGAAGUGAUAUUCCGGAGAUUGAUAAGAAGAAAUACCUUGUCCCAGCUGAUUUAACUGUCGGUCAAUUUGUCUACGUUGUCCGCAAAAGAAUGAUGCUAGGUGCUGAGAAGGCUAUUUUCGUUUUUGUCAAUAACACACUACCUCCAACUGCUUCAUUGAUGUCUGCUAUUUAUGAGGAACAUAAGGAUCAGGAUGGCUUUCUUUACAUGACUUAUAGUGGGGAGAACACCUUUGGAUCUUGCUAAGCGAAAUUUAUGAUGACAUCUGUAAAUAGUUUCUGCAAGAUGUAAAUUAUUUGCAGCUAAUCAUCGGUACAAAGUCCUUUGAGUAAUUUUUUUUGGUGGUAUAUUGAGCAAUGUUAUCUUAUACCUUGAUUAUGUUUCAUUAUUUUAAAUUAUGAAUUUCAAUGGAUGAAUUUAGAAUUGAUUACUACA